GGGAGCCACACGCAGGAGGAAAGAAGAGAGGCAGCGCACAGCUCCAGCGCUCAGACUCCUAGAGGCAAGGACAGAAGAGAGAUAGGGAGCUCAGCUCACUAACAAGACGCACCAACAAGAGAGGGGAGAAAGACGAGAGCUCAGUUACACACUCAAGUAACUUCAAACCAGUGCCGACAAAACCAAGAGAAACAAAGACAGAAACAAAGAGAGAAAAGAAGAAAGUCUGGAUUCUGUGACUUUUUUUUUGGUGGCCUGCCUUGCGUGGAUUUCUCUGGACAUUUUAUGAGAAGCCGCAUUAAUCCCAUUUUGGACUUUUUGUGUUUAUUUAUUCAUUUUGUACUGAGCAGUUCGGCAUCUUUUAUCCGGACCUCCUCCACCUUCCUGUUACCCACCUCCCUGGACUGGAAAAGAUAAAUGGUUUGGGACGUGCGUGGGGCAGAGUUUUAGCAGUGUGCAUGAAUGACCUGAUAAUGUGUGUUUGUGUCUUUGGAUGUGAGAGUGUAAGUGUAUAAUCAAACUUUAAAAAGAGAUUUUGAUUGUGCGUGUGUUUGUAUGUGUAUGUGUGUGUGUAUGUGAGAGAGAGCAACUGAAGCAAAGAGCAGCAGUCUUGGGAGGAGAGGGUGGAGGUGGUGAGAGGUCUUUAAGGCGGUGAACCCCCAGUUGUUCCAGUUUCGAGAUGAUCUGAGUUAUGGAUGUUGACGCAUUCCUGCGGCGCAGCUGAGGAAUAAACAGCACAGGGGACUACAGCAGAGUCAGCCACCACGCUGCAGGCUUCACCACCACCAGCAGCUACAUCACCAUCACCAUCAGUACUACCGAUAACGCUACAUCUGCUGCCAUAAUCACAUCGACUGCAGUCAGAUUGUCUUCACCCCGGCCAUUCUACAGUCCCAGUGAGGUUGUGGGUCCCCAGAGAGAGGACGUGUAGUCGGUCAGUCAGGGGGAGUUUCUCCCACUCUCAUUUCCUCUCCCUGUACCCAGCUCAGCAUGCCCCAGCCCCUGAGCAUCUCCACAGCUCUCCCAGCUCCACUACCAUGUGUAGAUGGACAGUGACACAAGGUGCACCGGUCGCCUGGUUCUCCUCCUGCCCCUGCUGCAGACCUCCUCCACUAAUCCUGUCCCUCACCUUCCUCCUCCUGCUUCUCCUGUUCGGACCCUCCACAUCCUCACCCCUGUCCGCUUUAUCACCAGACUCUGAAAAGAACCACAAUGCACCCGGAGGCCCUCCACCUCACAUCUUCUUCACCUCACACCCGCCGCCUUCCCCGUCAGCUGCACCGCUGCACGCAUCCUCUGCGAGGUUGCCACGGGCGACCAAUGUGUCAUCGUCCUCCGCGACGGUCAUCGGGCGCCACGUGCGGAGCAGCUACAAUCAUCUGCAAGGAGAUGUGCGCAGGAGGAAACUGUUCUCCUACCAGAAAUUCUUCCUUCGCAUUGACAGGAAAGGAAAAGUUAAUGGCACCAAAAAUGAGGACGAUCCUUACAGUAUUUUGGAGAUCAAGUCGGUGGAUGUGGGAGUGGUGGCCAUCAGGGGACUCAGCAGUAACUACUACCUGGCAAUCAGCAGGAAGGGAGAGCUAUACGGAGCGAGGGACUUUGGUCCAGACUGUCGUCUGAUUGAACGCAUCGAGGAGAACAAGUACAACACCUACGCUUCAGCUGAGUGGCGCAACAAGAAGAAGCACAUGUUUGUGGGACUGAACGCCAACGGCAAGCCAAUGAAGGGGAAGAAGACACGGAGGAAAAACACAGCCUGUCACUUCCUGCCCAUUGUGGUACCACCACGAUGAUUGGAUAUAUCAGCCAUGAGAGAGCUCUGCAGACUGCAGGCUAUUGGGACUUUUAUGGAGUUAUGGCGAUGGCUACAUUGGACAGAUCUGAAUCAGAUCUGAAUGAUGCACUGAGUAGGAAAAGAAUGGAAACCUAUGGACAUUUUAUCUCUGUUUGACAAAGACAUUUCUAUUUUUAAAGAAAGAAAUAAGAUAUAUUGAUAUACAAUGGAUAUAUUAUUUUCUGUUUUAAAUUAUCAAGUACAUCUGGCACAGUAGAAAAUAUGAAAAGAAAUGACUUCUGUGCCAAAAUGCGACCAGAAACUCACAUUUCUAGAUCAUGUGAAGCGCUUGACUGGGAGGAAAUAAAAUGACAGGAGACAACAUGUGUAAGGGAGGGAAAAGAAAGAGAACAGAAAGUAUUGAUAGAAAAGGAGAAGACAAGAAAAUCCGAAAAAGAAAAGUAUGAGAAAGAGUUAGUCAAGAACACAACAGCAAGUCUAACACUAUCAUGUUUUCUUUCUUUAAAAUUUAUUUAUUUUGUGUAAUAUUUAACAAAAAAGAACAAAAACGCAAAAAGGACAAAUUCUUGUCUUUUUUCACCAUUUAUGCUUCUCUUUUGAAUACUAAUCAUUUAAACCUGAAUAAAUAUAAAAAAUAUAUUUGUCUUUAAGUUGUUUGACUGACUUUGAAUCAUUUUAGAUAUUUUCACAGUUCAAUUAUCAGUUGUUCAUACUGUAAAUACACAGCAAAGAGAUAGAAAUAAAUAUCUAUGUAAAUCAGUUGACCUAGGUAAUUGAUUCACUGUAUUCUUUUAUCAUGCAAAGUGCUGCGAAUUAAAAGAUAAAAGAUGAAAGAUAAUGUGACGAUGCUGUAAUGUAGUAGUGGUUGCAUGGAGUUAACUUCUGAUCAUGACCAUGAGAUAAGAAUUACGAUGCUUUUUCCCAAAUCAUCCCAAGUAUUUGGUAGAGAUGCAACAAUCAGUUUUUCGAUAAUCUAUAAAUCAUUUGUCAUUUUUUUAUGUACUAAAUCCAGCUUCUUAAAUGUGAA